AUGCUGAAGUGCAUUAUUAUGUAUCUGUAAAACUGUUUAUAUACUAGUGUUUCUAUGUACGUACUUUCUCGAUGUAAAUUUCUACUUUCAUGUGAUUUGUUUUACUUGCAAAGUACUAUAAAAAAAUAUUGUGUGGUUAAUAAGGUAAUAAAAUAUCACAAUGAACAACAGAAGUGCAGCAGGACUGAAUAAAAACGCUAUUGUCGGUGCAAGUUUUUGCCCUCUGCUUGAAUGGGUUGAAGGAUGCUGCUAGGGAAACAAUAAUGAUCGUCGUUCAGCCAUAGCUGCGCGUAUUCGAAUAAGAGAGGAAUGGUCAGAGCUGAAAGGCCCCGAGGAGCCCACAAAACCACUCAAUCGAAUCCCAGAAAUCAUACAGAAACAACAGAAACCAGUGCGAAGCGCCAGCAAGCUCGUAGCCCAGAAAGUUAAAUUCACUACAAACAAGAGCCCUAAAGUCUUAAAGAAACGGAAUCAAAAUAUCAUGUCAAAUGUACCAAUAUCAGACAGGAACAUGGACGAGGGUGCAGAUGCGCUUGCAGGGGUGGUGGCGCUAGUUGACGUGGGGACUGAGACUCGGGCACUGGCUCUUAGGGCUGCUCUGAUGGCCCUGGGAGCCACUGUGGUGCCGGCUUGGAGCCCCUUUGUGACGCAUCUCGUGUGGAGUCAGGGUGGUUGUCGCGACACCCGCGCCAAAGCCCGUGCCUUGGCCUGUCGCCUGGUAUCUCCGCUGUGGGUGGAGGCUUGUGCUUCUUGUGGACGUCGGGUUACUGAGGCCGCCUUCCCUGCUGCCGCGAGGCCUAGCGAUCUACCCUCUCCUCGAGCAUUGAGGAUCAUGCUGAAACGAGCCGAAGUAGAGAACAUCCCUCUAGCAGACCUACUCAACAACAAAGAACCAAAUAACCCCAAAGAGCAAAGACUAAGGAUAUCCAGCGAAACGGAACACGAUGCGACCGCCGACACGUCCACCGACCACGACACGACAGCUGACACGUCCACCGACAAGGACACGUCCCACGACCGAUCUAAGGAUAGCACAGACCCCACAAUCCGCGUGAACACGCUGCCCCGCGGCGGCGCCAGGCCGGCGGCGGACACGCCGGCGCCGCGCAGGUCGAGGCGGAAACUGUUCACUCAGAAAGAGGCGCAAGAUUUGACUGAAGAUGACGAUGACACCCCGGCCGUCCCAAGGCGCACGCCCUCGAAGCUGUCCGUCCGCUCGCGCCGGGAGCUGGCCCGCGCCGAGCGCAUGGCGCGCCGCCUGCUCGGCCGCGCCGCGCCCGCUACAACCAUCACGCAACAAAUACUGUCUCAAACCGACGCUCCCAGAAUUGUAUUGACAGGAAUGUCACGCACUGAACGUCAAGCCAUACAAACCGCCAUCAAAUCUCUCAACGGACGAGUCCAAAAACAAGUCAACCACCGCACCACACACGUCGUACUAGGUUCCUGCGUCUCCGACCGAAACGAUCACACCGGCAUACAGCCGCUAGACCAAAGUCACUGUUCCAAAACAAGUGUAAAUACUAGGUGUCAAAUACCAAGUACAAAUACUAGGCCCGAAAUACCAAGUAUAAAUACUAGGCUCGAAAUACCAAGUAUAAAUACUAGGCUCGAAAUACCAAGUAUAAAUACUAGGCUCGAAAUACCAAGUAUAAAUACUAGGUAUGGAAUACCGAGUAUGACUCAACGGUGCGGGGUGGAAAAGGCGCGUACGUUGAAUGCGUUACUAGGGGCGGCCAGGGGCUGCAGGGUGGUGUACUCGCAGUGGGUGACGGAUUCUGUGGAGGUGAAGAAAUGGUUGCACCAUCAUGGGUACGAGGUGUCGCAUUUGAGGAAGAUUUCACAGAAAGCCCGCGUGGAACGCUCCGCGCUUGGCCGAACAUGCUCAGAUUACGCCUACGACGUUUUUCGAGGCAUGCGGGUCCGUGUGUCCCCCCAAGCUGAACAAAAAGACGCUGCCAUUCAACUGUUAACACUCUGUGGUGGCGUGGUACAAGAUGGUGGACAACUCCAAGAUGGCGGCGAUUUACAAGAUGGCGGAACACGAACAGCUGAUUUUGACGUCUGCGUGGGGAAUGGGGAGGGCGAAGUGAGCUCGAAGUGGGUGUUUGAUAGUGUAGCGGCCGGUAGGAUGAGGACUACUAGGAGAUAUGUGAUUUAUGGUGUCGAAAAUCAGAGAUGAUGUAGUUAUUUUGCGGUUUUUGUGUGUUCGUUCUGUGUAAUAAGGUAAUAAAUGAUAAAAAUUC